AUAAGAGGACCGGCAAGUCAGCCAGGAAGAAAGCGAAACAUAAGCGGUGGGUUUCAGUGUGUGUGUGUGUGUGUCGUAAUGUUAGUUAACAUUGAUAAGGCUAUCACGAUAAACGCAAAUAUUAGGGUGGUGGUGGAAAUAAUCUUGCGGGUUUAGGGUGUUGCGCCAUCAGUGGUCGGUACAAAGGGAACCUCAACUCGAAGGCUCUUCAAACUCACCCAUUUCCACCAGACGAGGGUUCAAGAUGGCCACGCCCCUGAUGCGUCUCCUGUUGGCAGCCUGCCCGUUGCUGUUGGUUACUGCUGACCCUAUCCGCAAGGUCUCCACCAAUGGGACCCUUCCUCUGGUCAUGUGGCACGGAAUGGGCGACAGCUGUUGCAACCCUCUCAGUAUGGGGGCGAUCAAGAAGAUGAUCGAGGACGAUGUUCCUGGGAUCUACGUGCUGUCGCUGAGGAUCGGCAAUAACAUCGUCGAGGACACAUCAAACAGCUUCUUCAUGGAUGUGAACCAGCAGGUGACCCAGGUGUGCGCCCAGCUGGCCCAGGACCCCCAGCUAAAGGGGGGCUACAACGCCAUGGGCUUCUCCCAGGGGGGCCAGUUCCUGCGGGCUGUAGCCCAGCGCUGUCCCUCUCCACCAAUGAAAAAUCUGAUCUCAGUCGGGGGCCAACACCAAGGUGUGUACGGUCUGCCCAGGUGUCCCGGGGAGAGCUCUGUCAUCUGUAACUGGAUCCGCAAGGCGCUCAACACUGAAGCGUACUCCGACUUGGUGCAGAAACACCUGGUCCAGGCGCAGUACUGGCACGACCCCCUGAAGGACGACCUGUACAAGAAACACAGCGUGUUCCUGGCUGACAUCAACCAGGAGAGGGUAGUGAAUGAAACUUACAAGAAGAAUCUCCAGCUGCUGGAGAAGUUCGUCAUGGUCAAGUUCCUGAAUGACACCGUGGUGGACCCACGCGUUACGGAGUGGUUCGGCUUCCUGAAGACCGGCCAAUCGAAAGAGACGGAGACCCUGCAGGAGAGCCUGCUCUAUACCGAGGACCGCCUGGGACUGGCUGCCAUGGAGAAGGCAGGCAAGCUGGUCUUCCUGGCCAGCGAUGGGAACCACCUGCAGUUCACCGAGAAGUGGUUCAACGACAACUUACUGCCUUACAUACGAUAGUAAUACCGCAGUACACACGUGGGUAGGCCUGCCUGGUGUACGCACUGCUAUGACUGCUUGACAACGCUAGUAUAACUUCUACUGUACGCUUGUCAUUUGGCUUGGUACGCCAGUAAUUCAGCCUGGUUACUAGCGUAGUACUACUGCUAACAUUCGCUAAUAAUUCAGCCUUGUAUAUACACUAGUAUAAUAAGGUUUAAUACGCUGACGUCUACACCAUUAUCCGUCAGGUGUAUUGAUUAUUUUAACUUCUUUGGGUUGAGAGAACAUUUUAGUUUAAAGAGGACAAUGUAAUGAUUAAACAUGUAAACAGCCGGCCCAAUUCACCUCUACUGCACUGAAUACCGUUUUUGAUUUUAGUUAAUUUAAAUAGGAGAGGAUCGAAUACAUGCUGGAAAUGUUGGGUUUUGUUUUUAAGUUCUGUUUUUUUCUCCCUUUUAAUAAACUUUACGUUCUGAA